UGGACGCAGCUCCGGCGGGCGGGCGCUGUUCUCGCUCAGUAGGAACAGGUCCUCGGCCGGCAUCGCUCAGCGGGCAUCAGCCGCAGGAGGAGGUGCUCCGGAGGAGGAGGAGGAGGAGGAGGAUGCUGUCCCGACUGCGCGUGGCCGCGGCGCCCUGCGCGAUGGCGCGGCGCAGCCUGCACACCAAGGAGAAGGGCAAGCCGCUCAUGCUCAACCCGCGCACCAACAAGGGCAUGGCCUUCACCCUGCACGAGCGGCAGAUGCUGGGCCUGCAGGGGCUCCUGCCUCCCAAGAUAGAGACACAGGACAUCCAGGCCUUGCGCUUCCACAAGAACUUGGCUAAAAUGACUGACCCCCUGGAGAAGUACAUCUACAUCAUGGGCAUCCAGGAGAGGAACGAGAAGCUCUUCUACAGGGUGCUGCAGGACGACAUUGAGCGGCUGAUGCCCAUUGUGUACACGCCCACCGUGGGGCUGGCCUGCUCCCAGUACGGACACAUCUUCAGGAGACCAAAGGGAUUAUUUAUUUCCAUCUCAGACAGAGGCCACAUAAGGUCAAUCGUGAACAACUGGCCAGAGAACGACGUGAAGGCUGUUGUGGUCACUGAUGGAGAAAGAAUAUUGGGUCUUGGCGACCUGGGGGUGUACGGGAUGGGGAUUCCAGUGGGAAAGCUGUGUUUGUACACAGCCUGUGCAGGGAUACACCCAGAUAAAUGCCUGCCUGUGUGCAUCGACGUUGGGACUGAUAACACAACCCUGCUGAAGGAUCCCUUCUACAUGGGGCUCUACCAGAAGAGGGACCGCUCGCAGGUCUACGAUGACCUGAUCGACGAGUUCAUGGAGGCCAUCACGGACAGGUACGGCCAGAACACGCUCAUCCAGUUUGAGGACUUUGGAAACCACAAUGCUUUCCGGUUCCUGAGGAAGUACAGGGAGAAGUACUGCACCUUCAACGACGACAUCCAAGGGACAGCCUCAGUGGCCUUGGCAGGACUGCUGGCAGCCCAGAGAGCCACAGGGAAACCACUCACAGACCAGAAAGUGCUGUUCCUUGGAGCGGGAGAGGCCGCCCUGGGAAUCGCCAACCUCAUUGUGAUGGCCAUGAUGGAAAGGGGUGUUUCCCACGAGGAGGCCUCCAGGAGAGUGUGGAUGUUUGACAAGCAUGGCCUGCUGGUCCAGGGCCGGGAGCAGCAGGCGGAUCCCCACCAGGAGCCCUUUGCCCACAAGGCUCCAAAGGACAUAGACAUACCAAAGACAUUUGUAGAGGCAGUGAAUGUACUUCGGCCUUCAGCUAUCAUCGGGGUGGCUGGGGCAGGGCGUCUCUUCACCCCGGACGUGAUCAGAGCCAUGGCUUCCAUCAACGAGCGGCCCAUCAUAUUUGCCCUGAGCAACCCCACGGCCAAGGCCGAGUGCACGGCAGAGGAGGCCUACACGCUGACAGAGGGCCGGUGCCUGUUUGCCAGCGGCAGCCCCUUCGAGCUGGUCACUCUGAGGGAUGGGAGGACCUUCAAACCAGGCCAAGGAAACAACGCUUACAUCUUCCCAGGCGUGGCUCUGGCUGUGAUCCUCAGCAGCGUCAGGCACAUCAGUGAUAAGGUUUUCCUGGAGGCUGCCAAGGCAUUGGCAGAGCAGUUGACAGAUGAAGAGCUUGCACAAGGAAGACUUUAUCCUCCACUGUCCAAUAUCAGGGAAGUUUCUAUUUAUAUUGCUGUCAAGGUGAUGGAGUUCCUGUACGCCAACAACAUGGCCUUCCACUACCCCGAGCCGGCCGACAAGAACCGCUACAUCCGCUCCAAGGUGUGGAGCUACGAGUACGAGUCCUUCAUGCCGGACGUGUACGACUGGCCCGAGUCCAAGGUGCACUGACCAGCCCCGCGCCGCGCCUCAGGCAGCGCCGCCACUCUGCAGGGAUCCCCUCCCUCCCUCCUCAGACCAACUCCAAUCAUGAGCUUUCACUCCUCUAAUUUAUUUGCGCCUGUUUUGUUGCCUUUUUUUUUUGUUUUUUUCCCCCUUACGCCCUGUUUUUCACCUGAUUUCUCCCAGGUACCUGGUAAACUGUACGGAAAACGGCAUCUGCCACGGGGAUGAGAGAGCCCUCCAAAAUUAAUUUAAACAAUAACAUUGUAUUUCUAGCUUAGAGCCAACACCAGACCGAAGAAUUCCUUUAAUGGUAUUUUAGCUACCUGCAUUUGAUGAUAAACUGUAGCUCUCUCAUCACUGCUGAUAUCCAGAAUUACUUAUUUUUGCCUUUAAUAAUCAGUCUUCUAAUUGUCCUAGUGUUGUCACACUGCAUUAGCAGUGACUUCAAGGGAGACCACUUGUCCUAGAAAAAACAAAAGGGCAGUUAAAGACAACUUAGAGAGUCUGAUGGGCCUUGUGUUUUGUUUAAUGUUUAAAGAUGCCCAUGUCCAGACAUCCUUGUGGCAUUGGCUGCUGUUUCCUUGAGGAGUAGCGAGAUGUACAUGUGUGGGAUCUGCAGCAAAGUUUGCAGCUUUGUUUUCAUCACUCCAUGAAACCUGUUCUCAGGAAAAAUGUGAGCUAGUUCAAAUUGUCCUUGGGAAGCCUGAAAAUAAUACUGAUCACUUAAUAGCUUUUAAAAACAAAGCCGUGCUGUCACAGAUUAAAUUUUAUUGGGUAGAGGUAGGACCUGAAGUAAUUUAUGAAAAUUUUUUUAAAGAUUUUACUAGGAGAUUUUAAGCAAUGGACUGCAAAAUGGUUUACCAAAGGAUCUUUACUUAAUUUUUCAAUUUUUUCAAGUUUCUCUUUUAUUUAAGCCGGGUUGUUUUCUCCCUUGUUCUCACAACAAGACUUGUGUGUGAUGUUUUAUGACCCUGCUGACUCGAAAGCUCCGAAGUGGACUCAGCUGGCGGCAGCACUCCGUGGGCAGUGCUGGUUCCAGGUGCUGGCAGGGCUGGAGCAGGAGUGCUGUUCACACCAGUGAGUCUGCUGGGUGUUCCCUGAGGCCUCGGUCCCGCCUGCUCUGUCACUGUGAGUCCUGGACCCGAAAGCUGCAGUGCUACGAGCCCUGCACUGAUCACCCCAGCUUUCUGCCCUUCCAGGCGCGGUUUGUCAGGGUCCUCGUGUGACAGCAGAAGGUCCCAGCUGAGUUUUUCCUUGCCCGGGUAGUGCUGCACGUUUGCUGCAGAUGCCACAGUGUACACUCAGCGAUUCCCUUGGAGCGAGGCCGCGGGGCCCUGGUCACCGCACAGGGACAGCCAGGGGUGGCCACAGCCUGUGGCUGCCCCGUUGUGCUCCCUGCCCCGAGAACAGCCACCUGCCAGGAGCAGAAACAGACAUACCAGGCUGCUCCAGUUCGCUGCAGCAAGGCAGGAGAAGGGCAGGAGUAAAUAAACGCAUGGAUGUGCCAGCAGCGCUGCACUGGCAGACGCCAUCCAAAGAGAUAAAGCAGAGCUUGCUCAGGAUUUACCCAUGGCAAGCACUGCUCUCAGUCCUAAAUUACACAGGAAAAUGCAGUCUCCACAGAACAGGCCACAACAGAGCAGGGAAAAUGGUCUCAGCACCCCCUCAGGCAGCUACAGCCUGAUCUCUGGCUCCAAAAUUGUAUUCACACAAAGAACAGUGAACUUUGGGAAGGUGCUGCCUGCGUGGGCAAAGAAGACUGAUUAUAUAAACACAGAAAAGAGUGAUGUGGGGAAAAAACUGUGGUGUUCAAGCUGUGGUAAAGUGUUGUGUGGUGGGGCUGGAAGUGCUUCACUGCUGAGUGCUGAGAUGCACAUGGGCAGGAGCUUGCACUUGCAAGUGAAUGUACAAAAGACACCAACACACACACACACAUACAUAGGAUGUUUUUACAAAGAGUGCUUUUUUCAUCUAUUUUUGCUAUGCCUUGUUUGUGUCGUAUUUAAAUUAGUGAUCUUACUGAGAAAGAAAUUAUUUAUUCAAUGUAUGAAUUGUUUUUUGCCUUCUGAAAAUCCAGCUCUGUCUGAAGCCUGUUGUACUGUGCCAGUGGAGUUCUGCAUCACUGGAUUCCGGAGUGCUGGGAACAAACAGCUUCCUCCCUCCUGCCAGCAGCCAGUUAGGCAGAUGAGUGUCAAAAACACCCAAAAUGCACCGAUCCCAUGUCCCUUCAGGCUGAUUGUUUGUUCCCAAGGGUUGCAGCU